GGCAGCGUAUUGAUUCUUGCCUUAAUGUAGGAUGUUCAUCACAGUUGCAACUGCCAAAAUCCAAAACUAGAAAAAAGAAGAGAGUUUGAGUUUGAUGUUACAAAUCAAGACCUAACCUCAAUUCUUUUUUGAGUGGGGGCUUGCCAAACCACAAACCAAAAUGCGUAUCGAGACAUGUUAUUUUUGUUCAUCUAAAAUCUAUCCAGGCCAUGGCAUCCAAUUUGUAAGGAACGAUUGCAAAAUAUUCAAAUUCUGUCGUUCAAAAUGCCAUGCAGCCUUCAAGAAGAAGAAGAACCCGCGUAAAGUUAAAUGGACCAAAGCCUACAGGAAAACGGUGGGCAAGGAACUGGCAAUCGACCCAUCAUUCGAGUUUGAAAAACGCAGACAUCUUCCAAUUAAAUAUAGCAGAGACACUUAUACAAAGGCCAUUGAGGCAAUGAAAAAAGUUGAAACCAUCAGACAGAAGAGACAAGGAGCGUACAUCAUGCAGAGAUUGCGUAAAGGUAGAGAGUUGGAACAAGAACGCGACGUCAAAGAAGUCCAAAGAGAUUUGGCUCUCAUUCGUUCCCCAGCUGCAGGACUCAAAGAAAGACAAGGUCAACAAAUGGCCGAGGAUUAUAAGGAAAGCGAAAGUGAAAAUGAAGAUCAAAUGGAAGGAAUUGUUGAAGAUGGAGGGGAAGUUAUUUUGUAAACUAUUAUUAUUGGAAUAAAAUUAUAUAAUUUUUGACAAUAGUAAAUUAUUGUUUUUUAUUGGCUAAUAAAUUAUUUUUAAUACGUUCCAGUUCCUUAAUCCUUAACUUUGUUGCCUCAAGCCUGGCAGUCAAAUCCUCUAACAUGGGCCUGGAAACUUUAGUAACAAUAUGACCCAAAGCCAGAGUCUUAAUAGCAUCGUUAUGCAAUAUGUCUAGUAAAUCCGAACUAGUUUCAUUAUCAUUUGCGCUAUGUGUUUCAAUUUCUUCUUGGUUAAGGAUUUUCGGCAGACUGGUAAUACUUUCCAAAUUGUGAUUUUGCAAGGGUGAAGGCACGACCAACAAUGGUACAUCGCGACGUUCAUAUUCACCAUUCUCCAAAGUUUGAGCUUGAAAACAUGUCAACUGAAUCUGGUUGUUUCUGGUACGAGGGUCGCUUUGGAAAACGGAAAAUAUCAAGCCCACAAAAAACUUGUCCAUCAUUUGAUAAGUAGCUUGGGUUCUUAUGUCUACAUGACUGGGCCAAACAGUAAUAUGGGGAUGCGAAUGGUACCAGCCUAUAACUCUCAUAGGCCUGCCUAGAGUGGCGGCCAGGUUCUCGGCGUGCACCGUAGCCUCGCAAAGUUGUUCCGGAGAUAUUUCCACUCUGUCCGGUUGCUUGUCGCUCCUGUGCAGUAUCAUGCAAGCCGUUAUGUGGGCUUCGCUUCGGACUUCGUCGACGUCGCCGAUAAGCAGCCCCAUGAUUUCUUGUUUUUCUGUUGUCAGUGCGUGUUGGAUGCAAAUCGCGUGGACGUCGGACGCCAGGCUUACCUUCUUCAGGUAUUUUUCGUCAGCAGAAACCAUUUUGGACAUAGAGUCAGCAAUUUUAGACAUAGAGUCAGCAGUUUUCGAUUGGAUCCUUUUGUUGUGGAUGGACUUGGACUGCUACCAUUUGAGAAUUUGAGUUUGAGAGGUUACAUUUGGUUACAGCACAAUGCUAACAACAAUAAAAAUUCAACUGGGUUUCACACUUAUU